UAUGCUCUUCGUCAAUCUGCUGUUAACAGCUGUAAAAAGCACUUUCGGUUUUAGGAAAUUUAAUUUCCGUGUAUUAACACGAACCAAUUGUUUGUAAAGUUAUUAACAAUGUCGCUGGUGGAAUCAUAUCGGUCGAAUUGGCUAAUAGCCACAUUUGGUUGCAUACUUUUAAUUGGCGGAUUCUACGUCCUCUCCUGGAAUGAAGGACGAGCGGUGCACACAAUCUUAUCACUAGACGAAGCGCUGGAUGAUGCAAUCACCCUGGGAUCAGAUGAGGAGUUGGACCACAAUUACAAUGGUCGGAUAGUGCAUAUGACUGGGCCUAUAGUGAUUGGUGAACCACUAACAGAACCAGACUACAAUAUCCAAGUGCUGUCUGUCAAGUUGAAGCGUCGGGUACAAAUGUUUCAAUGGGUGGAAGAAACAGUAGAGCACAACUAUGGUGAAAGUGUUGCAUCUGUACAAACAGAAAGUCGUUCGUACUAUUACUAUACGGACUGGCGUGACAAAUUAAUUGACUCACGCAAUUUUUACAUACAAACUGGUCACCAAAAUCCUAAAAGUUUACCGAUUGAAAGUCAAACCCAAGUUGCCGAUGCAGUAUUCAUUGGUAAAUAUGAGCUGGGUAACGAAAUCAAGAAUAAGUUUUCAAACUAUGUGGAAUUAACGUCGGAUACAAGACCGGAUGAUCCCACGAUCAAAAUGCAUUUGGGACUUUAUUACCACUCAAACGACGUUUUCAAUCCUGAAAUAGGCGACAUACGUUUGCUCUUCUCAUUCGCCGGAAUGGAGGGGGAAAUGUAUACCGUAGUAGGAAAACUGGUGAAUAACAAAAUACUGCCGUAUCGCACGAGUCGGGGCGUGGAUAUCCUGCUCGUAUACAGUGGAGAACUUAGUCUUGCGGAAGUUUUUAAACAGGAGCAUCAUGCACAGCGACUUACUACGUGGGGCUAUCGCCUUAUGGGUUGGGUGUUGGUGUUCUUCGGUGUUACCUGCACAUCUACGUUGUUGCACAUUAUUUUAAGUCGUAUUAGUUUCCUGGCAGUGUUGGCACCUGAUCCACAGUUUCCCGUUGGCGCCAACCUUAUGCUAUCCCUUUCGUUUGCUUUGAUCAUUGCUUCGAUCGCCUGGAUUUUGCAUCGUCCAAUGAUUGGGGCUAGUUUAUUAUUUGCCGCAGCAUCACCAUUUGUGUGGUGUGCCCGCAGUGUGACAAAUUAUCAACGCGUGAAUUGAAAA